UUAGGGUUGUGGAUUGACGUUGCAGAGUCUAUCACCCCCGAAGACUGUAGCUCGCUUCGGCAAUCAGUCUCUAGACGAGGACACAAUCGCGACUCAACUUCCAACGGUGAAGUUGUAAGGUACAUUCAAGCUAUUGUCGUUUAGCCAAACAAACCCGUUUUUACGCACUAGUUGGAGAUUCGAAACGCAUCGCAGGACCUGACCAGCCAUAUUGCGCUCACGAAAGAGGAAGAUGAGUCAAGCUUGAGCUACUGCGCACAUGUGAGCGUUCCCACCCUACACAGAAAACAGAAGAAAACAUUAGAAAACACCAAAGGGUACUGCAACAUGACCAGUCUCCAUGUGAACCGAAUUCCUUCGAAGGACUCCAUGAAGAGGCACAGCAGGGAGAGGCCACCCGAAGCCGCACCCAUUAAGAAACGCAUCAUGGCUUCCAUGACUCCAAAGUCCAGGAAGAUGUCGUCUAGUUUUCCCCCUAAAGCCACCAGUAUCAAGACCGAGCGAGAGGACGAAGGGGAGGCGAUGGAUAUCCACCCUGUGAUAGACGCUGCUCACGGCCUACACUACACCCACUUCCCUCUGCUCAAAAAUCUGGGAGCACCGCUGGACCUCAGUCCUGGCCUGAGGAACACCCUGGCCCAGUUUACGCUGAGCAGCCAGUGUUCUUUGGGUGGCCCCGCCACCUUCACUGGCCACUACGGCCACCCCAAAGCCGCCCCUCUCCAGUCUCUGAGCAGUGCUGGGGCGACGGCGCCCCUGCUGGUGCCCCCGGACAGCUCCACGGAGCUCACGCUGUGCUCCUUGGAAGGGGAGCCCAUCUCCUGCUUCUCGGUGGGGGGCGAGUGGCGCCUGUGCCUCCCCCAGGUGCUCAACACGGUGCUGCGCGACUUCUCGCUGCAGCAGAUCAACGCGGUGUGCGACCAGCUCUACGUCUACUGCUCACGCUGCGACGCUGCCCAGCUGCACGUGCUGAAGGUCACGGGCGUCCUGCCCGCCGGAGCGCCGUCCUGCGGCCUCAUCACCCUGACGGACGCCCAGCGCCUCUGCAACGCCCUGCUCCACCCCGGGGACGGCCAGGAGGCACCGCCGGCUUCCAAGGAGCAGCAUCAGGAGGAGGACGGCGAGAAGGAGGCCAAGGACGGCGGAGGCUUCUGGGUGGAGCACCAGUGUCUGGGGAAGUGCCAGGGCCUGUUUGUGCCGCGUCUCUACGCGUCCUCGGACGCCGCCUGCAUCCGCUGUGCCCAGUGUCGCGCCCUCUUCAGCCCAGAGAGGUUCGUCAUGCACUCCCACCGGCGGCCGGACAAGCGCACCUGCCACUGGGGCUUCGACUCCGCCAGGUGGACCUGCUACCUGCACCUGGGCCGCAAGCACGUCGGAGCGCCGGAUGAGGCCAAGUACAUGCAGCUGCUGAGGAAGAUGAAGGACAAGUUCCCCAUGAGCCAACCACUGCAGACGGCCCUCAGCACAGAGGGCAUCAAAGCCAAGGGUGACGUGGAUAUGAGUAUGGUGAGGGAGGAGUCGUGUGAGGCAGACGCAGACGGAAAGAUUGCUCGCCUGCCUGCCUUUGCCCUGGACAGUCAUCUGUAUGCCCACAUGAAAGGCAGCCCCGGCCCCGGCCCCCUCCACCUCAUGCAGCAGAGUCUGCUCCUAUAUAUGCACGAUAGGCUUAAUGGUCUGAAUGCUCCAGCUUCGAUUCCUGAACUUGGGCCUUCGAAACAUGGCGGGGAUUUAAGUGCUGACGUGCUGCGCGCCAUCCUCUACCCAGAGAACAAAGGCCAUUGUUUGGAUGAGAAGAGUUCCCCCUGCAAGACGCAAGCUACAACAGAGCUUCUGCCCGUCGUCGGCGGGCCCUGUGCCCAAUCACAGCAGGGCUGCCCAGACACGGAGCUGGCAGAGAGUGUCUCCAUAGAAACGUCGGCGCGCAGGAAGAGUGUCUGCGGAGGUGGAGGAGGAGGAGGAGGGAGUCUGGAGGAACGGGGGAGUGUGAGCAGGAAAGAAGAGGAGGAGGAGGAGGAGGGGGAGGAUGAGAGCAGGGGCAGCAUGGUGGAGGAGAUGCUGCAGCUCUACAAUGCCCAGCAACACCAGCUGCAGACCACCCUGCAGAAGAAGAGGCGGCUGGAGAAGGAGCUGGAUCAGCUGCGUCAGGGUGACCUGCCAGAGCAGCAGCAGCAGCCCAGUCCAGAGGGCAGACUGGAGAUCCAGGAUCAGACCAAGCACCACGCCACUGUCACACAACGGGAAGAGGAGGAGGAGGAGGAGGAGGAGGAGAUGCAGUGGCAAACCAAGAGCACUCUGGAGCCCCUCAGCCAUCGCACCUCCACGCACCACAGAGGAGAGGAGGAGGAGCAGCAGGUGCUGCACAACAGCCACUAUGCUGCACAGCUGCUGGAACUCCGCAGGAGGCUGGACCGGGCCGAGGAAGAUCGCGAGGAGCUCCAGGAGGAGUUGAGGCGUGAGCGCGAGGCCAGGGAGAAACUGGAGCGCACCAUCGUGGAGCUGAAGCAGCAGAUGAAAAGCUCCAGCAUCCGCAGCAAGAGCCCAGAGCUCCCCCUGCUGACGCCCCCCAGCAACGACCCCCUCACGCCACGCUCCCCGUAGACAGACACAGACACAGACACACAGGACACUGGAUACCAGAGUUGUAAAAGUGAAAGUACUGUUGCAACUGUAAUUACAACACUAGUAGUGUGAUACGUUACAUAACUUCAAAUAUGUAAUAUCAUACUGCUGGGGUUGUAAUUACAUCUGUAACAGUACUUCUUCUUUAUACAACUUAGCUGGAUAUCAGCCUUUUGCCAAGCUUAAAUACUGGUCACCACCAUCUUGGCACGGGGGUUCCUUUUUUUCACACCAUCAGCAGUGAGGUUUUCUUACUGCUACUUACAAGAUGAUUUGCGUCUUGUCUUGCUGCCAUUUUAUGUUCAUUGGUGAAGCAUUACCCCAGUACCCCUGACAUCAGACCAAGUUCCAUAUUUAAGCCUACCGGUAUCAGGCAGACAACAGCGGUGUGUCUAUUAGUAUAUGUUUAUGCCACCGGGUGGGACUUAUACCUGCUUUGAAAGCAUUGAAAUGUUAAGUGUUCAAAGAUGUCUGGCAUGACAUAGAAAAGACCCCCAUCCAAUACAUACAAUGUAAUGAAAACUCCAUUUUUGGGCCCCCUGUCUCCCAGGGCCCGGGGCACCUGACCCCUUUAUCCCCCAUGUCGGCUUCCCUGGAGGUGCCAACCAAACCUCUCCCACCACACCGCACAGCCUCAGAAAAGAUACAGUCUUGCUGAGAAACAUCGACACAUACAAACACCAUCAAAGACCUCCUUUUUGCACAGUGGUCUGUGGCCAGCAAUGGCAUUUUCCUGAAACACUAUCUUUUUCAUCCUGUGAUGUCCUUUCUUUGUUGUGUAUUGGUGUGAUGCAUUGACUGACAACAAGUGUAUAUUGAAUAUAAAGAAUUUCAAAUAACUAAUAAAAUUAUAAACUGAUAUAGUUUUAAUCGUAAUGAAGAAAUUUACUAUGAGAAAAAGUUUAGCGUUUAUAAUGAGAGAUAUUAAUGUAAAUACGGAUUUGUUUGAAAACAUGUACAGUAACAGCCAGGCUGUAAAUACAAUGAGCUAUUUAUUAGUUACAGACUAUGAAAAAAAAUAUUAUGUGUUAUCAAACGUGUACUUCUUGUGUACCUAGGCUACAUUUAUAUUUUAUGUAUGUAUGUGUAUACUUGAAAUAUAUGUAUGAAUGGUAUUUGGAAUAUACAAGCUGGUGUAGACUUAAAAAAAAACAUCAGUUGUUUUGAACCUGUUUAAAAGUCUUUGAAGCAACUUUAAAAAUGUUAAAUAUUUCACCCUUUUUUCUUUUGUCCUGGGUUUUAUACAGUCCUAAAUAACAUAAUUUGUUAUUUUGAGUUUGUUGAUGUAAAUGUGUCUCAAUCAGACGUGUGGAGGAGGGAAUGUUACCCCCUCGUGCUAUCUGGUCAUGCCAUCUUUUUGACAAUCAAUGUCAUUUACUUCAAUGACACAUAAGCUGCUAAAAAGUGUAGCUACCUCAAAUGUAAGUCAGGUGAAAGUUACAGUUGUAAGUGUUAUCCUCUGAUUUUAAUAUAAUUUCUGUUUAUCAAUAGGCUCUAUCUUGUAACUUGUUUUAUGCUGCUUCUUGGUUGUUAAGGGACUUUUUUGUAUGAAUGUGUUGCAUGACAAAAGAAAAUUAAAUAUGGUUCACCUUUGCAUUACGG